GGCUGCGGGGCAGGACAGGCCCGGCGCCUUGGCGGAGACGAGGGUGGCACUGCGGGAGUCAGCGGGCCGUCCGUGCACCGGCCACUAGCUCUUUAGUCCCCUCCGACAAGGGCCCACCACCAUCUUUGAACAGAAAAAAAAGCACAAUUGAAAAUCAAAGGAGAACCCUCAUCAGCCAGACCAACUUGCUCAACAGCUGGCAGACACACACUUUGUACCAUAUGGCAAUGAAUGAGAGCAAGCAUCAUUAAGAACACAGUCACAAGGAUGUCAAUGGAUAUUAUAAAGGGAAAUCUAGAUGGGAUUUCAAAACCUGCCUCAAGUUCAAGAUCAUGUCCUGGGAGCAGAAGCUCAAGUGCUUCUUUGGAGGUGCUCUCAUCAGAACCAGGGUCUGUCAAGAUUGAAAUUGUAAGCAAGUUGUAUUCUGAUGAAGAGGACCACUCAUCGUACAAUGGCCUUGAAGAAAGAAGCAGAAAUGAUGAUAAAUGGGUAGACUACUCUGAGAAAGUAAAACUAUCCAGAGAAGGGUCUGAUGAAGAUCUGGACUGGGAUGAACACCAGACAAUCCCUAAGCAGUCAGAUGAUCUUCAAUUAGAAGAAGAUCCCCAGCUUCAAUCUGCUAUUUGUAAGAUGCACAGACUUGAUAAGAUAUUGGCAAAAAGACAAUGUAGAGAAAAAGAAAUUAAGAGGCAAGGUCUAGAAAUGAGAAUAAAGCUGUGGGAAGAAGUUAAGUGUGCAAAGAGUAAUGAAGUUUUACAAACUAAUGAGGAGAUAGAAAAUACACAAAAGUUUUUUGCUUUGACUGCUGCAUCUACAGAAGCUGUCGAUUCUUCACUUGAGGAUGAAGACACCUUUUUUUCAGUGUUUCACACUCAGGUCCCUCCAGAAGAUUAUGAAAAUCAUAUGCAGAAUGUCAAGAAGGAUUUUAUCUGUGAUGUAAGAAAAAGCGAGUCAUCAAUCAAAGCAGAAAAGCCUUUUGCAAAUACAGAAAAGACUGAGCUCAGGGGCAAACACAGCCAGGAUUUUAUUAAGCGAAACAUUGAGUUGGCCAAGAAUUCAAAAAAUCCAGUGGCUAUGAUUGACAGAGAGAAGAAAAGACUGGAUGAACUUUUGAAAGAUUUAGACGAUAGAGACUCUGGGCUGUCCAGCUCUGAGGGUGAUCAGUGUUGUUGGCUGGUCCCAGGAGAAGGAUACACACUUGAGGCCACCCAGCACGAACAGCUUGCUGAGAUUGAUGCGAAACUCCAAGAGCUGUCUUCAUUCUCUCCAACCUCCUUCAGCUCAUCUCCAACAUAUGAUGAUCAGAAUAAUGAGGAACCUGAUCUUAAUGAUGACAAAAACCUAGAAAACGCUUCAGGGGAGAAGGUGCUUCGGGACAUGAAAGAGCAGCGGGAUCAGCAGUGUCGGCUGAGAGUUAUAGAUGAAAAGCUGAGGCGGAUCAAGGAAAAGGUGUUCGAUUCCACACCGCUUCUUACUGAGGAACAGCUCCAGUGUCUCCUGGAGGAAUGCACAUUCAGACAAAAAUCCAUCACUGCGCUUUCUUCUGAAAGAGAAAACAAAGGCAUCGAGGACAUAGUACCUGAGAUCCCCCAGCUUUCCAGACCCAUUCUCCGUAAAUUACCUAAAGAGUCGGAAGUGGAGGUCCAGAAAAUCCAAGAAGAAGAUGCAGAUGUUCUUGAGACUUCAGAAGGCGAAGUUUCCACAGGGUACUAUCUUGCCAAAGCCUUGACUGGGCACUGCCUGCCAGAAGCUGUUGUCUUGGAAGCAGAGAAUAUGAAAUGCCUCCAGUUCUCCAAGGAGGAGGGUUUCAGUGAUGUGGAAAACUACUUUAUGUCAAAGACCGUUGGUCUUGGGAGACUGCAAAGGCCUUCCUUCUUGGAUGAUCCAUUCUAUGAUAUCAACAGGAGCUUCUUCUCUGAUGACCAACAGCUGCAACUCAGCCUUCCACAGAAAUCCACAACAGAUGAACAGGAGACUGAAGAUGUAACACAAGAAUGUAAAGACUCUAACGCAAGGACUUGUUAGGGUGUGCUCUUAAAGUUAAAAAUUCAUCUGAAUUACAUUUGGGUUUUAAAUUCAUUGUAUUCAGUAAAUAUCUUUCACUCUUUCAAAUAAUGAUAUUAACAUUCUAAUUCUCUUCUUGUUGAUUAAUUUCUUUGAUGUUGUUGGAACUUGGGGUAUAAAUGUUCAAUGAUUUUUGUUUAUUGAAAUUCCUGGGAAAUUUAGAAAUGCCUAUCAGGCUAGUUUAUAAAAAUCAACAUUGUAGCACAUUGUUCUCUAUUUGCUUUUAUGUGUUUGAACUUUAUUAUAAUUUAGACAGAAUGUGGUCACUCUGGCUUGCUUUUCCUUCUUUGUACCUAUCAAGUGUUUGUUAAUAUGAAGUCUGUUUUCUUGUGAGUGAUAGUACUUUUCUUAAGUUAGAGCUUGAUGAUUUAUUACUUUCAGUUUGUUCUGUUCCAUCAGAGUUUGGACCUUUUAGCAUGCAUGAAAUCUUCAUUUGAAACACACUAAAAGAAAAUGGAGCUGGGAGGAUGGCUUCCUGGUUAAAAGAGCUUGCUGUGCAAGCCAGAUGACCAGAGUAAAUGCAUUUGGGUGGUAACAAUCAGAAGGCAGAGGUAAUAUGGGUGGGAAUUUGGAGUGGGAUGAAGUGGAGCCAUUAUUAACCUUUCAGAGGGCCCUAAGCUGUCUACAUCAAUGCUGUAGUCAUCAGUGAGGUAUGACUAUGAAAGUGGGAGGAAGGGAGAGAUAGAUACACAAAUAAGGGAGAGGAUAGGGACAAGGAAAAGUGACAGAUGUGGCUUGUGACUCUACACUGUGCUUCUGCAAAUUGUCUUUGGGGCAUGGUGAACCUUUCUGCUAAAGAAUUUAGAUAAGUAAAAGGAAGAAAAUGAUUGUCAACAAUGAAUUUUUUUUAACUAAAAAAGAUUACAUCAUUCCAUAGAAUUUCAACUGAAAGGGCUGAUAGACCGAGUUUUCAAUGUAAUUUAACAUGAAGUCUCCAUAUUAAAAUCAAACCACCCAGAUCAAGCUAGACCAGACCAAACUAGAUCAGAUUAGCAGAUCAAACCAACUAUACCAGACCAGACCAAGCCAAACUAUAAACUGCUCUGGCUUAGAAAGAAGGUAGUCUUAUUAAACCAUUUUUUAAGGCUCCCUCUAAGCUACAGUGUACUCAACACAAAAAGUAUUAAAGAGCAAGCAAGAGCUUAUUCACCUUAGGGAUGAAUUUAGGGCUUAGAAUGUAGCCUUUCUACACAGGACUCUUUUAAGAAUAAACUACCAGCACCACCUUAGCUGUAAAUUCUCACAGGACCCAUUUAUUGCCCUUCAAUCCAACUGUCCCAAAACACAUGACAAUAAACUCCUGUAGGAGGAGAAAGCUAUCAUCUUGAUGAUGUGAUUUUAAUUUUUAACAAGGCUUUUAUUCCAGUACCACCCAUUGAUUUGAAGGUCACAGUCCCUUGGUGAAGUGAAACAUGCCUGGGUUGAAAGUGCUUGUUCUCAGCCAACUUUACUGUCUCAUCUUUUUAUUCUCCAUGAGUUUUUCACAGUUUUGCUAAAAAAUAAUUAUAAUUCUUACCCAAAGAGAAUUUACAUGUUGAAAUACUCUUAAAGGGAAUGAUGGCAUGUUUUAAGUAAUUACUUUCAGCACUACUUAGUUCUUGUACCUUCAUUUUGGUCUAUAAAGUGAUUUGGCAAUUACUAGCUGUAUGUCACCGUGUUACCCAGUGAAAUGAUUUUAGAAUAAAAACUCAACAAGGGAGACAGAUUCUAUCUCAGCUAGUUCUUUCUAGUGUUUUAUAGACUGCAAAGCCAGACCCUUGACUUACUGACAGGAUUUCUUCUUUGAUCUGUUUAUUAAAACUGGAAAUUAACUAUAUUUCAUGUUCAUGAUCAACCCAUCCAGCACCCAGAUUCUGCUUAUUAUAACAUGGUCUUCACAGAAUUAUUUCACACACACAAAUUUAAGCAUGCCUUUCAAAUUUCACAUUUAUCUGUUUUUAAACAACAGCCAUUGUUCAUUCUUCAAGAGGUAGUAUCUUUAGGGUAUGACUCAACUUCUCCAAGAAAACUCAUCCCUCACACACUUUCUUUGUGGGCUGCUCCUCAUUGCCUGGAUGAUGAAGUUGCCUGUCACUCAGGUCACAGAACAGAGCUGCAGUUACAUGUGCUGCACAGCUGUCCUUGCCUUUGUUACUAUUAUUUUUAAGAAACAAAUGGGGUUGAGAAGAAUUUGGAGCAUGAAACUCCAUAUUAAUAAAAUAUUAAGUUGUGGGGAUAAAGAGGUAGCUUAGUGGCUAAGGUAUUCAUUUGCCUGUGAAGCUUAAGGACCCAGGUUCCAUUCCCCAGUAGCUACAUAUGCCAGAUGCAC